AUGUCGGGACUUCAAGCUGUCAAGUACACUCGUGGUCGUCUCGAGGUCCUGGACCAACUGAGACUACCUCAUGAAUUCCAUUACGAUGAGGUGUCCACCAGCGAAGAGGCUUUUGACUGUAUCAAGUCUAUGAGAGUUCGUGGUGCCCCUGCCAUUGCUAUUGUCGCCGCCCUCGCCCAUGCUGUCGAGCUACACAACGGCAGCUGCACUGCCUCUUCAUCUCAAGAAACCGUCACUUACAUCGACUCGCGUUUGGAUUACCUCAAGGAGAGCAGACCGACUGCAGUCGAUUUGACCAACGCCAUCAACCAACUCAAAGCCCGUAUUAGAAGCGCGCCUCUGGAUGACUCCAAGACUGUCAUUGCUGCGUACAUCGAGGAAGCCGAGAAGAUCCUGCAAAAAGAUCUUCAGACCAACCUGUCUAUUGGUGACCAUGGAGCUCAGUGGUUGAGAGAGGUAGCUGGUGCCUCUCCCGACUCCAAGGUGUCCGUUCUCACUCACUGCAACACCGGCUCUCUGGCGACCUCUGGCCAUGGAACCGCCCUUGGCAUCAUCAGAACACUCUGGUCCAACAACCUUCUCAAGCACGCCUACUGUACCGAGACAAGACCCUACAACCAAGGUAGCAGGCUGACCGCCUUUGAACUUGUCUACGAGAACAUCCCCAGCACUCUCAUCACAGACUCCAUGGCUGCUGCGCUGUUCAACUUGCAAAAGGACAAGAUGAACAUCGCCGCCGUCAUCGUUGGUGCUGACCGCGUUGUCCGCAACGGUGACACUGCCAAUAAGAUAGGAACCUAUCAACUCGCCGUUCUGGCCAAGCACCACGGCGUCAAGUUCAUCGUUGCCGCGCCCACCACCAGCAUCGAUCUCGAGACCCAGACCGGCGCCGGUAUUAAGAUUGAGGAACGCAAGGGGGAAGAACUCACGCAGGUUUCCGGUGCAGUCGUUCAGGUCGAUGGAAGCGUCGAUGUGACUCAGACAGCGCGUGUAGCGACGGCAGAUCAGCGUGUCAAUGUCUGGAACCCUGCUUUUGAUGUUACUCCGCAUGACCUGAUCGAUGCUGUUGUUACGGAGAGGGGUGCUGUAGUGAAGAAUUCCGAGGGUCAAUUUGAUUUCCGUCACAUCAUGCCCGAGAGAUGGGCGCAGGUUGUCGGCCAGUAG